AUGUCCAAGAAGUCAACAAGAAUUAAAGCAGGUUUAAUAUCAAACAGAACAGCAAAACUUGCUGCAAACCUUUAUAUUGAUGAAAUAGCAAGAAGUGGUGAAGAUUGGACUGAUGAUGCA